UCUAUUACACUUCGGCAAUGACCAAACAAUGACCCAUUUACAUUGUUUUGCUAGAAAUACUUGCAUGCAAGUAUCACAGAACGGCAAGAAACAUAAAACGCAACGUCAUUUGCGAAUGCGUCACUUCGAUUUUGAAAGAUCCCGUUACUCAGUCCCACUAUUCCACCCUCUGAGAAAUAAAACGCUCCGAUAAGCCUGAAGGUUGAAAAAACUGGAGCUGAUGAAGGCCGACCGGGGCGUUACAUUUCUCAGCGGGCACCCGCGACCACAACUGUCACUGUCCUGAUGUAAACAACGAAAGGUAGACGAUUCCGUGCCGGCUGGACCUACUACGGCAAACAAUUUCGUCCGGCAAAAAAGUACCGCAACGACAAGUGCUCGCGUCAGAACCAACGUUGUACCGCCGGAUUAAGCUUGGUUUAGCGAUUACCUCGAUUCUGCGCAGCUCGUGCAGCCUGUUCCAGCAGCUGGCGAAAAUCACGGCCUCGGGGCGGACCGCAAGAACGAUCUCAGCCCAAAUCGCUAACUGCUCGAGAGUUCCCAUCAGCAUCAGUGGCCAAAGAUCGCGGUGGUUUGCGAUGAACCGUAUAGCGCGUAUCGCGAGUGAGAUUGGAAUCGCGAUGGGUCGGAUUUUGGCGUUCACGGACUAGGCUGAUGGUGUUGGUGUACGUGUCUUGUUCAAACAAGUCGACCCGGAGAGGACACGAUGGUCGUGAUUGAUACGGUUACCCUACCAGCACCGAGACGCGGGCCAAUGUCCAGACUGACUGUCAGAGAUCGACGUGAACACGCUGAUGCUGAACAAAUUAGGACUACCAGAAACUAUUUUUGUCGGAUGUGGUCAAUCCUUGGGCCUUGGGCAGUUUUCGAGCAAUCUGAAGGGUGAAGAAUUGACAGUUCGAUGGGCAUUACACUCAAGUUAUGAAAAUGGCCGUCCAAGCACCGAGAGCAACUAUCACCGACUUGAAAGUGGCCAACAGCAAGGACAGAAUCCACGGUUUAGGAAUCCACCCAAGAUUGCAAGAAUCUGGAACGCGAUCCGGGAGAAAAUUGUGAAGGUGUCAACACUGGUCGGGGAGCAAGAUAGUGACUGUCCGCAGAAUCCGGAUGACGUCCUUUCGAAGGGCUAGUACGCAGAUCGGAAGGAAAGGGGUCAAGAAACAGCUUUACGAACAGCAGAACAAAUG